UUCAAUCUGCAUAUGGAACGAGUCAUUGCCACUUGCCGAGGUGAAAUGGCAAAUCUGGGCUUCCCAUGGUUCCAAAAGUCUGUGACUGGGAAUUCACAAGCGAGCUGGUGGUUGAAGCUGGCUAAAGGACAGCCUUAGGUAUUCCAGAAGUGUUUAGGGAUGUCUUUCAUGGGGGAAGAGGAGGUGGUUUAUAAAUGAAACUCUCAUGUGUCUUUAGCAUUCUUUUUCAACAGAGACAAUCACUGAACUUUGGUUAGGACCGAUCUAGUGUAUCUCUCUUUGCCCAUCUUGAGUUAGGAUGGGAGAGGAGGAAAUAGGUUCUUUUGUCUCUUUCUGUCCUCUCCCUUCAGCCAUCCCCUUCCCUCAUCCUCACUCACUCACAUGCACACGCUAACCUUGAAGCCAAUGGGAUUGAGUGACUGGCACUUGGGACCACAGAGAAAUGUCAGAGUGUUUGGUUACAGACUCAAGGAAACCUCUCAUUUUAGAGUGCUCAUUUGAUUUUAAGCAAAAUUUUGGACUGUGAAUCAAGGCAUUGGGUGAAGACAAAAUGGCAUCCCCGGCUGACAGCUGUAUCCAGUUCACCCGCCAUGCCAGUGACGUUCUUCUCAACCUUAAUCGCCUCCGGAGCCGUGACAUCUUGACUGAUGUUGUCAUCGUGGUGAGCCGUGAGCAGUUCAGAGCCCAUAAGACAGUCCUCAUGGCCUGCAGUGGCCUGUUCUAUAGCAUCUUCACGGACCAGCUGAAGUGUAACCUGAGUGUGAUCAACCUGGACCCUGAGAUCAACCCUGAGGGGUUCUGCAUCCUGCUGGACUUCAUGUACACAUCCCGGCUCAAUCUGCGGGAGGGCAACAUCAUGGCCGUGAUGGCCACGGCAAUGUACCUGCAGAUGGAGCACGUUGUGGACACUUGCCGGAAGUUUAUCAAGGCCAGUGAAGCAGAGAUGGUUCCUGCCAUCAAGCCUCCCCGUGAAGAGUUUCUGAAUAGCCGGAUGCUGAUGCCCCAAGACAUCAUGGCCUAUCGGGGUCGUGAGGUGGUGGAGAAUAACCUACCGCUGAGGAACGCCCCAGGGUGCGAGAGCAGGGCCUUCGCCCCUAGCCUGUACAGCGGCCUGUCCACCCCGCCGGCCUCUUACCCCGUCUACAGUCACCUCCCUGUCAGCAGCUUCCUCUUCUCUGACGAGGAGCUGCGGGAUGCCCGGAUGCCUGUGGCCAACCCCUUCCCUAAGGAGCGGGCCCACCCCUGCGAUAGUGCCAGGCCCGUCCCUGGCGACUACAGCCGGCCGGCCCUGGAGAGAACUCCCAGUGUAUGCCACAGCAGCAUCUACUCACCCAAGGAGGCAGCCCCAGAGGAGACACGCAGUGACAUGCACUACGGCGUGGCCGAGGGCCCCAAGCCUGCCGCCCCCUCGGCCCGGAAUGCCCCGUACUUCCCCUGUGACAAGGCUGGCAAGGAGGAAGAGAGGCCCUCCUCAGAGGAUGAGAUCGCCCUGCAUUUUGAGCCCCCCAGUGCACCCCUGAACCGCAAGGGUCUGGUCAGCCCCCAGAGCCCCCAGAAGUCCGACUGCCAGCCCAACUCGCCCACGGAGUCCUGCAGUAGCAAGAAUGCCUGCAUCCUCCAGACCUCUGGUUCACCUCCAGCCAAGAGCCCCACCGACCCCAAAGCCUGCAACUGGAAGAAAUACAAGUUCAUUGUGCUCAACAGCCUCAACCAGAAUGCCAAACCAGAGGGACCCGAGCAGGCUGAGCUGGGCCGCCUCUCCCCUCGAGCCUACACCGCCCCACCGGCCUGCCAGCCACCCAUGGAGCCCGAGAGCCUUGACCUCCAGUCCCCAACCAAGCUCAGUGUCAGCGGGGAGGACUCCACCAUCCCACAGGCCAGCCGGCUCAAUAACAUCGUCAAUAGGUCCCUGACAGGCUCCCCCCGCAGCAACAGCGAGAGCCACUCACCGCUCUACUUGCACCCCCCCAAGUGCACGUCGUGCGGCUCUCAGUCCCCGCAGCAUGCAGAGAUGUGCCUCCACACCGCUGGCCCCACAUUCCCCGAGGAGAUGGGAGAGACCCAGUCUGAGUACUCGGAUUCCAGCUGUGAGAACGGGGCCUUCUUUUGCAAUGAGUGUGACUGCCGCUUCUCUGAGGAGGCCUCACUCAAGAGACACACACUGCAGACCCACAGUGACAAACCCUACAAGUGUGACCGCUGCCAGGCCUCCUUCCGCUACAAGGGCAACCUCGCCAGCCACAAGACCGUCCACACGGGUGAGAAACCCUAUCGUUGUAACAUUUGUGGAGCCCAGUUCAACCGACCAGCCAACCUGAAAACCCAUACUCGAAUUCACUCUGGAGAGAAGCCCUACAAAUGCGAAACCUGUGGAGCCAGAUUUGUACAAGUGGCCCACCUCCGUGCCCACGUGCUCAUCCACACUGGAGAGAAGCCCUAUCCCUGUGAAAUCUGUGGCACUCGUUUCCGGCACCUUCAGACUCUGAAGAGCCACCUGCGAAUCCACACAGGAGAGAAACCUUACCAUUGUGAGAAGUGCAACCUGCAUUUCCGUCACAAAAGCCAGCUGCGUCUUCACUUGCGCCAAAAGCAUGGCGCCAUCACCAACACCAAGGUGCAAUACCGCGUGUCCGCCACUGACCUGCCCCCGGAGCUCCCCAAAGCCUGCUGAAGCAUGGAGUGUUGAUGCUUUCCAUUCGAGUCCCUUCUCAGAAUCUACCCAAAGGAUACUGUAACACUUUACAAUGUUCAUCCCAUGAUGUAGUGCCUCUUUCAUCCACUAGUGCAAAUCAU